GAAACUUAACUUGAAACCAACCGCCAUAUUAUAAUCCCACAUUACCGUCAACAUUUUACGAAAAAUAAUUGCUGUCUGCGUUUUAUCAAAGUUAUCUUUUUCUAAGAAUUUUUAUCAUUCCCUACCAGACACUUAGGUAAGCAUAUUUCAAACAUCAAAGGUACCGCCAUAUUAUAACACACAUUACCGUCUACAUUUUAUAAAAACAAAGACAACGUCUGUCGUUAUGGCAUAAUAAAUUCUAAGAAUGUUAUCAUCGACUACCAGACGCUUAGGUCAGCAUAUUUCAAACAUCAAAGAGGUCGCCGCAUAAAAAUGUCGUAUGAAUCUUAUCAUCGGAUGCCAGACGCUUAGGUCAGCAUAAUUCCAAAGAUGAUACAAUAUAUUAAUGUUCACUGCCGUAUGCAUUUUAUGAGAAAAAUGGCAACGUUGUCUUUUUUCACGCCUACGCAUUUUGUUAUUUUACUAUAUAACCGGUUAAACGCUCUGUAUCUUGUCACAUUCGUGUUCAAUUAACGUUAACGCAUAGUUGAUUAUUUGAAAACUAUAAAUUUAUUAUUUUAACGCGCAAAUAAAAAAUCAUGAACCAGCAAACGUCUUCAACAGCUACUUCCACGACAUCUGUUUCGUCACAUCAGACGGCGAAGCGUAGUAGGGCCAACAACAGCGCGGUUAGGUCGAAAAGGUUACGUAUGCAAUUGACGGAUACCAGUGAUUUCAGCGAGAUCGAUUCCGCAUUGGAGCGGGGGGCCGUUUGGUUUUACCGGAAGAACGUGGAAAAUUUCGCGAGCUAUCGAGAUUUUCUGCGCGUCGUUAAACCUGAGCUGGUGGCCAGACUCGCUGAAAUUGUAGGUAACCGGCCGAUCAAGUAUAAUCUCAAAUUGGAGGCCUCAUACCAUAUACCUCGAUCAGAAGCACCGUCCGAAGACCGUGCCUUCAAGACACGGGCUAGGGCAUUGCUAUCCGAUACAGAUAUCGGGUGUGCGGUCGAUGAAGAUUUUGAGGUUAUGCUUGCCGAGGAAGACGCGUACUCGGGUAGGGGUAGCGGAUUCACUCUAACGCAUAUCGACGGUCUUAUGCUCAGCGUAUACAAGUAUACGCCCCUCGCCGGCUCAUCAUAUAUUCCUGUCCCGCCAGAGAUUAACCAAAGAAAAGCAAUCAUCAACCCACAGAAUAUCGAUCAGUCUUGUUUCAAGUGGUCCAUUUUGGCAAGACACGUUGGUGGGAGUAAUAAAUAUCGCGUUAAUGAAAAAUAUUUUAACGAGGAACACAGGUAUGAUUUCACGGGGUUGACGUUCCCCACACCUGUGUCCCAAAUUAAAAUAUUUGAACGACGAAACCCUAACGUGUCUGUCAACGUGUACGGCUUGGAACGAGACGACGAUAAGAUGAAGUGGUUGGUGUAUCCUCUAAGAGUCGCCGACCAAGAGCAACAGAAUCAUUUUGACCUGUUGUACAUCGGUGACUCUGAAAAGUCACAUUACGCGUACAUUUCCGAUUUUUCGAGGCUCGUGCGCAGCCAAAAAACCAAACACCUAGGUCGCAUAUACACUUGCAAACGUUGCUUCACCAGCUUUGAUGAUCAGCCUAAAAAGCAUAUUCUUCGGGGUCAUCAAGCGUUGGAGCAACACAAGUUGAUAUGCGGCAAGAACAAGCCUAUUUUACCCGUUAUGCCGGCGGAGGGCAGUAAGGUCGAAUUUGACGCGUGGGUAAAGACGCAACGGUUACCGUUCGUCAUCUACGCCGAUUUUGAGGCCUUGCUGGAGAAAACAGACGAUCGCAUGGGUACAUACACCAGGACUGUGCACACCCACCAUCCCAUGAGCUAUGGAUUCAUGGUGAAAACAUCGGACGAUGUGCCCUCGGAGCUCCUCGAACACUAUGGUAUACCGUAA